AUGGCCGUCGCACACAUAAAAAUGGUAUUCAAGCAAUCAAGCCGCUCGAGCUCAUCGCUCUUUAUCCGGGUGAUCCUUAUACCUAUCCUGAUCCUGGGGAUAGGAUUACCUGCUGCCAAUGGUUACAGCUCAAAGGACCUGCUGACUUGGAUGCAGGCUAGUAAUUUUGGGUAUCAGGUACUCCAGCAGGCCCUAAAUGACAACCAAUCUUCGAGUGUUUCGGAGGCAACCUGUUUGGCAGAGGUCCGCCUUCUUCUAAAAGGAGCGGAGGCCAAAUCCUUGCCAGCUCUUCGAGUUCUCGAUGCCUGGGGAAAGUUUCCACAAGGCCUGCUCUACGGACACUUUAUGGACAUGGGCAACUAUGAGUCCUGUCUCAGUUUGGACCUAAGUAAAAGUUUAGGAAAUAGUAUCACCAUCAACACUGGAGCCAAAUACUGCUUGAGCCAUCUACAGUUUGAGAGUCUUCUAUUGCAAUCAGUGGGUGCAGAUGCCCUUACUUUAAGUAUUGGCACCUGUAUACCUUCGUCCUGCAGUGCCGCCCAACUUAGUCGAUGGCUUCAUGGACAUCUUCAGGAUAUGUUUGGCCAAAACUCAACUGGGGCUACUUUGGUACAGGAAAAGGACUGCUCCUUGAAUCAUGAAAACCCAAUGGGUGGACUAGACUGGUUUGCUGUAUCUGUUCUCAUCUUGUUGUGCACUUUGGUUCUCUUGGCCACCAUAUUGGACUAUGCCGAAGGUCCAAGUAAGCUUCUGGGUUCGUUCUCUCUACGCAAAAAUCUACCCCAAUUAUUGAAGACCUCGAGCACAUAUUCGCCCCGUGUGAUUCCAUGUCUAAAUGGUAUUCGUUGUUUGACCAUCAUUUGGAUCAUCCUUGGCCAUGGCUAUAUGUACUUGCUAUUGGCGCCCAACAUCAAUGCCUAUGAUAUUGUGGCCUGGGCUCAGGCUCCUUUCUCUAUGGUCAUUCAAAGCGGUUCCACUUCUGUGGACACAUUCUUUUUACUAAGUGGACUGCUCCUGGUUUUGACUACUCUGCGUGAAAUGGAUCGUACCAAAGGUCGUCUUAAUGUGCCACUGAUGUAUCUGCAUCGCUUUGUGCGUCUUACACCCGUUUUGGCUGUGGCGGUCCUCAUCUUUAUGACGCUUUUUCCCCGAUUGGACAGCGGUCCCUUGUGGAAGCAGUUCACCAGCUCAUCGGAACUCUGCAGCGAAACCUGGUGGGCCACUCUGCUCUAUGUGCAAAACUAUGCGGCACCUGGUAAAAUGUGCUUGGGUCAUUCCUGGUAUCUGGCUGUCGAUAUGCAACUGUAUAUUAUAUCGCCUCUUCUUCUAAUUGCCCUCUACAACUGGGGAAAAAAGGCUUUUGGAGGAAUUGUCCUUUUGAUCCUGCUUCUUUUCGGAUGUGUCUUCAGUAUAGUAAUGCUCCGUGAUCUUCGAGUGUUUGACCGCCAUGGGAACCUGGGUGAGGAUAGUUCCGAAAUGCGGCUGAUCUACUAUACCACUCAUGCCAGAGCCACUCCUUGGUUAAUUGGGCUACUUUUUGGGUACUUUCUGCACCAUCAAAGUGGACAGAAGAGCCGUAUGCAAAAUUGGUUGGCUUUGGUGCUGUGGAUCCUGUCACUCUCCCUUUUAGCCACCGUGAUCUUUGCUGUCUAUCCCUAUACCCAGGAUGGGGUGGGCGAUAUUUCCCCUCUGAAUGGAGCUUUCUAUCUGUGUUGCAGUCGUAUUGCCUGGCCUUUGGCUUUGUGUUGGAUUAUAUGGGCUUGCCAAAAUGGGCUGGCGCCCAUUAUCAAUGACCUGCUAAGCUGGACCUUCUGGCAACCACUUUCCAAGUUAUCCUAUUGCCUUUAUAUAUGGCAUCUCCUUGUGGAGACUGUUCACAUAGGGCGUAUCAAGACGAGUCUGCAUUUUUCGGAUUACGAUGCUAUCCUUCGCUUCUGGUCAGACUUUGGCAUCACUUUGUUUGUAUCCUUGUUUAUGCAUCUGUUUGUUGAGGUUCCUCUGGGUCGUCUUGAGAUGGAGUUACUUCGAAAGCGCCAAAAGAUCGAGGCCAAUCCCAAAAUUCCUCCUGUGGAAACAUCAACUGAACUUGUUGAAGAGAUAACAGCGACUAGCAUUUCCCGCCAGAAUUUGGUCAACCCCUAGAAAUGAAUUUAAUCAUUGUUGAGUUUUAAAUGUUGUACAUAUUUGUUAAUUAAGUUGAACUGCCAGCUAAAGAUGUAAAUGCUAUUGUGAUUAUAAACUGCAAAUUGUGAUUUUAAA